AUGAAUAUUUUAAAUAGGGUCAAAAAGCGUAUGACUCAUACAAAAUUUCAAGAAGAUGAAUUACCACCAAAACCAUCUUUACAAUCAAGAAUAUCACACCCAAUUCCAAUACCUCGAUUACCAUCAUUACCAAUUGAACAACUUCAAAAUGAAUUAAGUAAUAAACAACAAGAACAACUGAACCUACUAAAAGAAGAUCAAGAAUUAUUUAAACAAUCAUUAUUUUAUUUUGAAAAAAUUUUAGAAUCUAUAAGAGAUUUUAAAAAACAACAACAAGAACAACAACAAUUACCACAUUGUAAAAAAAGAAUUAAAUUUAAUAUUAAUGAAUUUGAAGUUGAAAAACAUCAAGAAUCCAUAAUGCAACAUUUAAUUAAAAAUUCAGAAAAUUAUCAACAUUCAGAAAAUCUUCAAAAUUUAUUAAUUACAAAAGAAAUUCAACUGCAAAAACAACAAUUUUUAGAUACUCAUAAAUAUGAAAUUGAAGAAUAUGAACACAUUAGAGAAACUCAUUUACAAAAAAUUAAAAAAGAAAAUCAAGAACAUCUACAAAGAUUAAAACAUGAAUAUUCCAAGAUGUUAAAAACAAAACAACAACAAUAUGAUCAAUUUUUAACUAAAAAAAGAGAAGAAUAUCAAGAAUUUUUGAAUCAAACUAGACAAUUACAAAUUAAUAUUCAAAAUAUGAGACAAGAAUUACAACAAUUGGAAAAUGAAACUGCUAAUAAUUUUCAAAAUGUUUCAAAUCAUCAUUAUCAUCAUACUUUUUCUACUGUUGGUGUUAAUAUUUUUUAG